AUGUCCACACAGCCGCCACAAGUCCUUUCGCGUAAGGCAAACGGAACAUCUAGCGGCACAGCCAGCCAAAUAUCAGACCCAGCCAAGGUGAGACAGCGAGUGAGGGUAUCACAGGCCCGUCGCGACCAGUCUCCGGCACCACAUCAGAGCUCCCUGACUUACGUGAACAUUGGACAGGGCAAGGGAACUGAUACCUCCGGCAACACGGCAAAGUCUUCUAAGGGGCGAGGAGCCAGUGACAGACGAUCAGGGGCCACUAAAGGUACCAAUGAUGGAGAAGUAGCAACAAGAUCUCCACGAUCCAAAUCCCAGAAUGAAGGAGAGAAGGUAGUUGUUCGGCGAUUGCCUCCGGGCAUGACAAGGGAUGAAUUUGUUGCUAUCCUUGGACCCGAGUGGGAAGUCUCCAAAGGCAAGGUGGACUGGUUUAGCUAUGUCACUGGAAAGAUUUCCACCGAUCCCUCAAAGCCGUCACGCCCCGGUCGGGCAUACCUUCACUUGGUGCGAAAAGAUGACAUCAUGCCCCUCAGUGAUGCUGUAAGGACUGCUACAUGGGAGGAUGCAAAAUCCACAUUCACUAAUCCAUCAUUAAUUGGACCGCCCACGUUGGAAUUCUCAAUUUACAAAAAGGUUCCCAGUACUAAGAAACGGACGGACGCGCGGCAAGGCACCAUUGACCAGGACCCGGAAUUCAUGGCGUUCCUCGAAGGCCUCGCUAAUCCCGCGCCAAUGAGGGACAGUAUCGAUGUUGAAGAGGCUGCCGAGUCUGCCAAAGCCGACACGAAAGUCACCACCACUCCGCUGGUCGAAUUCUUGAAGGAGAAGAAAGCGAACAAGGGGAAGGAUGGAAAGAACUCCAAAUCUGGAAAAGGGAAGGGUGGAUCCAAGGACGACGAGUCAUCCGGUAGGAAGAAGGGCAAGGAAUCACGAGGCGAAAGGCAGGAGAAAGCACCCAAGGAAACGGUGAAGAUUCUGACCAAGAAGGCUGCAACGGAGCAAGCUGCCGAAGGGGCAAAGAAAGCUGCGAAUCAGAUUGCGACGGCGAACGCUGCUUCUAACGCUGCAGCUGCUGGGUCCUCUGACGCCCCAAAGAGCCGACGAGCUGGAAUUGCUGCGGCUGCUAGAAUCUUGCAGCGAGACCUUGGUCUUAGCCCAGGAAGCGCACAUCGGCGGGCACGUCACGAUGCUGCCAAGGCUGAAGCGGAUGCGAAGGCGGCAACCUCUGCAACUAAGGAGAGCAACGGCAAUUCCACGGACACUGCUACCGCCGCAACAGCGUCAACGCAGCCGACACCGGCCGAUGCCGCAGCACAAACUCCGAAGAGUCGUCCAGAAAGUCCAGUUACUUCAAAACCACAAACCGGGCGGAGAAACCGUGGUGGGAAGGGUGCAGUCGAUAAGGGCAAGGCAGCAGGUAACGAGACUCCAGCUGCACAACCGACGGCUGCCAACCCUCCAGUUAUUCUGAAGAAGAAGACCGAUGCCGAAACCAAUCAAAAGGCUGCCGAACCGCCAGCCACGGCACCAGCGGUGAAUGCCAACGCUAGCGGCAAACAAGCGAGCAAAGAGAGAGGUAACAACAAGCAAGCAUCGCAGAAGAAGUCGGCCUCUGUCUCAGCAAAUGCAAUUCGCGCAUUCGUUAAGCACGUCAACGCCUCGCAAGGAGUCAACGAUGCGUCGCUUAGGGAGGCUCUCGGCUCAUUCGGAAAUAUCACACUCGUUGAGAUCGACAAGCGUAAGGGAUUUGCUUAUGUCGACUUUUCAGAGCACGAUGCUCUGGUGAAGGCCGUCUCUGCAAGCCCAAUUCAAGUCGGCCAGGCCAAUGUACAGGUGCUGGAGCGAAAGGACAAAAAGCCUGCGGCUUCUGCGCCAGCGGCAGCGGGAAAAGAGAGCACUACACCAAACAGCGAAAAGGAGAAGGACAAGGACAAGGAAAAAGAAAAGCCAUCCGGAGGCCGUGGCCGAAGAGGACGGGGCGGUGGAAAAGCCGCUUCCACCGCUACCAAUGGUCAGGCCACUGCAGCGGCAGCUCCGGCUUCAGGUGCUGCAGCAACGAGCACCGGAGGGUGA